CAAACUAGCUCAAAACAACACAAUACUUCAUUAAAAAAGCUCCAUUUAAUUGUAGUAAUAGAACUACUAACAUGGCUAAAAUUAUCUUCACAAUAUUCCUUUUUUUGGUGGCUUCUAACUUGGUCCCAUCAAUCUAUGGAGAAAAACUGGUUCCUUGUUAUUUCAUAUUUGGAGAUUCCCUUCUUGAUAACGGAAACAACAACCACCGUAACACCGUUGCAAAAGCCAAUUUUCUUCCGUACGGGAUUGAUUAUCCCAACGGACAAACCGGCAGAUUUUCAAACGGUCGAAACGUAGCAGAUUUUAUAGCUGAGGAGUUGGGCUUCCCGGCUCACAUCCCGCCGUUUGCAACGGCUAGCGGUGACGACGACGCCGUACUAAACGGCGUAAACUAUGCAUCUGGAGGAGCAGGGAUUCUCAGUGGAACUGGAAAGCAAUUAGGUGAUGUGAUAAGCCUGGAUGAGCAAUUGCAGAAUCACCAAACCACAAUAAACCGAAGCAUUUCUAUAUUAGGAAAUGCUGAUGCUGCCAAGAAUCAUAUGGGCCACUGCAUAUAUUCCGUCGGAAUGGGCAGCAACGACUACGCGGCCUACGCUAUGAACCCACUCCGACCGAGCCCAAACCGUUACGCGUCGCAACUAAUUGAUAACUAUUCUCGUCAGCUAAGGGAUCUGUACGCGUAUGGAGCAAGAAAGGUGUCGCUGUUUGGAUUGGGAGCAAUAGGGUGCGUUCCUGCUGCAAGACUCAUGUAUGGGCGGACGUUAUGUCUGUCGGCAACCAAAACGACGUCGGGAGUUUUCAACACCAAGCUAAAAUCGCUAGUCGAUGUUCUAAAUAAAGAUUUAGUUGGUGCCAAUUUUACGUAUAUCGACACGUUCGGGAUUACUGUUUCUGAUCCUGCAAGCAAUGGGUUUAAGUAUGAUAAAGUAGAAUGCUGCACGGUGUCUGCAGCAGGAAUGUGUGUUCCACAAGGCGUAACUUGUAGUAAUCGAACAGAUUACGCCUACUUUGAUGGCUACCACCCCACGGAGGCUGCAGCCGCCGUCGUGGCAAAGCGGGCGUUCGCGGCUCUCUCUCCCUCCGAUGCUUAUCCCUUUGAUAUUCAACACCUCGCUCAGGCGUAGUGAAUCUUAGAACUGUUUAGUUGUACUAACAGAAAAAGCGUAUGUUGUACGCAUAAAUAUAAAUUUAAUAUAUACUAUAUUUAUUUUUUUAAUAA